UUUAUUUUCUCCUUCUAAUUAAUUUUAUUUCUUCUACUCCUCAAAAAUAUAAUUGUACAUUAGCUAGCUAAACUCGGGGUUGAAUAUUCGAUAUCGAUAUAAUCUAAUGGAGGAGAAUCUUCCUCCAGGGUUUCGGUUUCAUCCAACGGACGAGGAGCUCAUUACAUUUUAUUUAUCAAAGAAAGUUUCUGAUUGUAGUUUUAAUUCCAAGGCUAUUGCUGAUGUUGAUCUUAACAAGUGCGAACCUUGGGAUCUUCCAGGAAAAGCAUCAAUGGGAGAAAAAGAAUGGUAUUUUUUCAGCCUAAGAGAUCGAAAAUACCCAACAGGUUUAAGGACAAAUCGAGCAACAGAAGCAGGUUAUUGGAAAACCACAGGGAAGGACAAAGAGAUAUAUAGAGGAGGGGGGUUAAUUGGGAUGAAGAAGACUCUUGUAUUUUACCGUGGAAGAGCACCUAAGGGAGAGAAAACUAAUUGGGUUAUGCAUGAAUAUCGUCUCGAUAAUAAGCUUUCUUUCAAACCCUCCAAGGAUGAAUGGGUGGUAUGUAGGGUUUUCCAGAAGAGUGUAGCGAUAAAAAAACCACAACCCACAUCACCUUCUAUGGUCUCACCAGACUCACCAGAUGACACCAACACAACUACAAAUGAAUUUGGAGACAUUGAACUACCAAAUCUAAACACCCUAUCAACUUCACCAAAUAACCCUACAUUUUCAUACCCUUCACUACAAGAUUACCCUAAUUGCACCCCUAAUCAUCUCAAUUUAAACCCGAACACGAAUUUAAACUUAAAUUGGGCACGAGAAAUGGCCACAACACUCCCUUCACUAUCAUCAUGGCCAUCUACCUUGCUUACUCCUAACCUAAAUAGUACUGUAAAUUCCUUGUUGCUUAAGGCUCUACAAUUUCGAAACACGAGUAGUAGUGCUACUGACUACUCGUCGUUCCUAGGCAACCAGCAAGGGUUGCCUCUAGGAACGACUAGUGAACUAUGCUCGACUUUCCAUCCUUCGCCGUCUGCUGAGACGGUGUUCCAGUCUUUACAACAACAGCAACAAAAUCAACAAAACCAACAGCAACUCCAACAGGAACAACCAUUCAACUUGGACUCCAUGUGGUGAUGCAUGCAAUCAUGUACGUACAAUAUAAUACAUGAACAUAUAUUUAUAUAUAUGAAAUUGAAGCUAACAAUUUAUGUGACUAGUUCGAUCUCCUGCUUGUUGAUAAUUGAGUUGCAUGGAAGAGAAAUAAUUAUCUAAAUUCAGAUGAUGAUGAUGUAACUUGUUAAAAGUGUAAUUAUUGUGGGCAAAGCCCAAUUAUCUAUCGAGAUUAUUAUUAUUGUUA